AGUCUGGCUGCACGCACAGCAGACCGCACCCUGGCCUCCGCAUCCGCUAUAAACUGAGCGCAGCAUCCUUCGCAGCAUCAUCUGCUAAUAGACCGCCAUCUCGCGCAGCCUGUCCAGGCAAAGCAACAACAACAACAACAACAGCAGCAACACUAUUUUUGGAGGAGGAACCGUUUUUAACCAGCUUUAGCCACAAGUCAGAAGGUCGGAGCCGAGAUAUUCCGAGCGUCUCUUAAAAUCACACGCUCCUGAUCUCGGUGUCAUCCGGAUAUUUGGACACUGCGAGUAUUUACGCCAUUCCAGGACCAUCCGCAAACCCUGACACUGUUCGUCUCUGAAUCCUAAGAAAUUCCCUGAUUCGCUUUUUUUUCUGCCAGCAUGACUGAGCCUGUCGCAGAAUGCAACAUCAAGGUGCUGUGUCGGUUUCGUCCUCUGAACCAGGCCGAGAUUCUGCGAGGAGACAAAUUUCUUCCGACGUUUCAAGGAGACGACGCCGUCAGCAUCGGGGGGAAGUCUUAUGUAUUUGAUCGUGUGUUUCCAACCAACACCACCCAAGAGCAGGUCUACAACACCUGUGCCAAGCAGAUAGUUAAAGAUGUACUGGGCGGCUACAAUGGCACUAUCUUUGCUUAUGGGCAAACGUCUUCUGGAAAGACCCACACCAUGGAGGGCAGCCUGCAUGACCCUCAUGGGAUGGGCAUCAUACCCCGAAUUGCUGAGGAUAUUUUCAACCAUAUUUUUUCCAUGGAUGAAAACCUGGAGUUCCACAUUAAGGUGUCCUACUUUGAGAUCUACAUGGAAAAGAUCCGGGAUCUUCUAGAUGUCACCAAGACAAACCUGAGUGUACAUGAAGACAAGAACCGUGUGCCCUAUGUUAAGGGCUGCACUGAACGCUUUGUCUCAAGCCCAGAGGAGGUGAUGGAUGUGAUUGAUGAAGGAAAGUCAAACCGCCAUGUUGCUGUCACCAAUAUGAAUGAACAUAGUUCUCGCAGCCACAGCAUAUUCCUGAUCAACAUCAAGCAGGAGCAUGUGGAAACCGAGCAGAAACUUUGUGGAAAACUUUACCUUGUGGACCUGGCUGGUAGUGAGAAGGUCAGUAAGACUGGUGCAGCCGGAGCUGUCUUAGAUGAGGCUAAAAACAUCAACAAGUCUCUGUCUGCACUGGGAAAUGUAAUAUCUGCUCUUGCUGAGGGAACUAAGACCCAUGUGCCAUACCGUGACAGCAAAAUGACUCGGAUCCUUCAGGAUUCUCUAGGGGGAAACUGCAGAACCACCAUGUUUAUCUGCUGCUCUCCUUCAGGUUUCAAUGAAGCCGAGACCAAAUCAACACUCAUGUUCGGACAACGAGCUAAGACAAUCAAGAACGCAGCCUCCAUCAAUUUGGAGCUGACAGCAGAACAAUGGAAGAGGAAGUAUGAGAAGGAAAAGGAGAAGAAUAAGACUCUGAGAGACACUAUUCAGAGGCUGGAGGUUGAGCUGAAACGCUGGCGCAAUGGAGAGGAAGUGCCAGAGGUGGAACAGGCUUCUGCCGACAUGAUGAAAUUUGAGAACACUGAUGAGUCUCUGGACAAUGAGAAAGAAAUCGAGAAACAAAAGGAGAAAGAAAGGGAGAGGAAUUUGGACACCUCCUCCAUCGUGGUGCGUAUCUCGGAGGAGGAGCGGCAGAAGUAUGAGGAGGAGAUCCGGAAGCUUUACCGCCACCUGGAUGACAAGGAUGAUGAAAUCAAUCUUCAGUGUCAGUUGGUUGAAAAGCUUAAACAGCAAAUGCUGGCUCAAGAUGAGCUGCUUGCUUCAACACGAGGGGACAGUGAUAAGGUGCAAGGUGAACUGGGCAGGCUGCAUUCAGAGAGUGAGAGCGCAAAGGCUGAAGUGAGGGAAGUGCUGCAGGCGCUCGAGGAGCUUGCCGUCAACUAUGACCAGAAGAGCCAGGAGGUGGAGGAGAAGAGCCUGCACAAUAAGCAACUAGCUGAACAACUCAGCCAAAAAAUGGCCAGUCUAAUGGAACUGGAAGCUGAACUGGCUCAGAUGCAGGAGGUGAGCUCGCAGCAAAGGAAGCGCAUUGCUGAUGUCUUGAAUGGCUUAAUGCGAGACUUGAGUGAGUUCAGCGCCAUUGUGGGCAAUGGAGAAAUCAAACUGCCAGUAGAAAUCAGUGGCGCUAUAGAGGAAGAGUUCACAGUGGCCAGGCUAUACAUCAGCAAGAUUAAAUCGGAGGUGAAGUCGAUGGUGAAGCGGUGCAGGCAGCUGGAGAGCAUGCAGCUAGAGUGCCACCGCAAAAUGGAGGAGACUGGCCGAGAACUCUCCUCCUGCCAACUCCUCAUCUCCCAGCAUGAGGCAAAGAUCCGCUCUCUCACCGAGUAUAUGCAAAAUGUGGAGCAGAAGAAGAGACAGCUAGAGGAUAACUAUGAUGCUCUGAGUGAAGAACUGUCCCUAUUACAGAAUCCAGAACAGCUGGAAGGAGCAGAAAAGCCAGAGACAGGUGAAUCUGAAGCAAGGAAGGCUGUUCACAGCGCUGCAGGCCAACGUGAACCUCGCCACACUCAACUCAGCCAACUGCGUGAUGAGAUCAAUGAGAAACAACGCCUUAUUGAUGAGCUUACGGAUAAGAACCAGGCUCUGGAAUUAGAGCUGGCCCAUGUGCGAUCCGACUUCAGCAACCUGAAGCUACAGGAGGACACAAAGAACGCACGCUUGGAACAGCUAUCAUUUCAGCAGGAGAGGCAUGAGCAGUCAAAGCAAGAUCUCAAGGGCCUAGAGGAGACUGUCGCCCGUGAGCUCCAGACCCUCCACAACCUGCGCAAGCUGUUUGUUCAAGACCUCACGACUCGAGUUAAAAAAAGUUCAGAAAUUGGACCUGAUGAUAGUGGGGGGUCUAACACCCAGAAGCAGAAGAUUUCCUUUCUUGAAAACAACCUGGACCAGCUUACAAAGGUUCACAAACAGCUGGUACGUGAUAAUGCAGAUCUGCGCUGUGAGCUUCCGAAACUGGAGAAGCGUCUUCGCUCUACGGCUGAGCGCGUUCGGGCACUUGAGACGGCACUGAAGGACGCCAAACAAGGUGCCAUGAAUGAUCGGCGCCGCUACCAGCAGGAAGUGGAGCGUAUUCGGGAUGCCAUGCGUCUGCGCAACGCCCUGCGCCGUCCACACACUGCUCAGAUUGCAAAGCCAGUGAGGCCUGGGAACUAUGGCACUGCUACGUCUCCCACUACAUCUCAAUCCAUGCGAGCUAGUGAGCCUGUGACAUCAUUCAGCAAUGUUCUGUUCCAGAGAGAGGAAAAGCCAGUUUCUCAGAAAUCUAAUGUAGUUGGUUACAGCACUGUGAGAUCUAUAGACAUUUUAAGCUCCUACCCGCUGGAUGUGGAAAAUGGAAACAGCCCAGACAUUAAUGACAACAGGUUGACUUGCAGAAGGAAGCCGCUGCACUCGGCCGCUUCCCCGGAGUAUGAAGCCGGAAGAGUCAUUGGGCUGCCGGAGGCAGGCGGUGAAGCCACGCUGGUAGAAGCCGGAGUGAACACCUCCUGGAGAGCAGCAACGAGUUCCUUGACUGGAUCCGUGAUUGGAGCUGGUUGGGGAUCCAUCAAGGAGUGAUGCACACUGUGGCAGUAGGGUGGAACCAUCCAGACAUUAUAUCAUGCAGCCAGAGGCUGCAGCCAGUUAAUCACCUUACUGAUUCCAUGCAUGCUGUCUGCUUUCUACGUCUACUUAGAACUUGCCGGAUUUACAAAUUCCCAGACUUCCUUGUUUUGUCCUGUCUAAAACUGUAUAUCACCGAGUGGUUCCUCACUAUCACAGUCAUUAUUUCCAUACUGCACUCUUAUAGUUCUACCUUGUAUAUUUCAUAGCAAUGCUGCAUGUUUGUCCUGUAUAGUUUAAGGAGCAUAAUUUAUAUCUUGAGACACCUAAAUAAUUUCCUGAAGCAUUGCUACUUGUGAAAGAAUAUAAAAAGAAAUGUAAUUGUUGUAAAUUCCUAAAGCGUUUUUAGAGCAAGUAUAUGAAAACCUUCAGUAAAUCCAGACCAUAGUGACAAAUAUACAUUGCAGCCUUUGGAAAAUCUAGUCUUUUGCUGAGCCUUAAAAUAGACCGCUUUUCCUGCCUGUAUGUAAAUGCAAGUCUCUGUAUUAUUAAUAGAAAGCUGCAGGUGUGAUUGUAUUGGUGCAUACAUUUUAAUGCACAUGCUAUAUCCAUGUACUGACUACCUCCAGUUAUUCUAACAUCAUGUAAAUGCUGUCAUCUAGUUGAGAAUGGUCAUAUCAAUGUCAGGAGGAUCAUGGGAAAUUUUUCAGAACAUUCUAUCAAACCUAUUGUCAGCCGCAAGAAUUAUCAACUUCUCAAAAUGGAUUGAGUUGAGUUGGGUCGAUUUUCCCAAAUUCUAGUGAGGGGUUCUCUUUCUCUUUGGACAACCUGAUCAGCCAGUCAGGAUAGGAGAAAGCAUGAACAACAUGGAGCAGAUAUUGGUCGUCAUCUACAAGGGCUUAAUGAUGUGUUUAUAAUUUUUGCUUUGCUUCAAUCUACCUUCUUAUUCUUACACAUGUCUUUUAUCCAUUUUGUCUUCCUGCCUAUCACUCUCUUCCUCUUUCCCUUCUCUUAUGCACCAUUUCACCGAUAUUAGUUAGAUCUGUGUGUGUAUAUGCCAGAAUCCAUCUCACUGGUAUCUAUAUUUUAUCAGAAGAAUAUUUGUAAAUUAUGAAUAUUGAUCCUACUGUUCUUACCUGAUGAAAAUAUCGAUGCAGAAGGUUAUCGAUAUAAAUAAAGAUUAGUGUUAGAAAUAUGAAUCACAAUCCUUUUCCUAAGUGCUAAGCCAGGAAACGUUCUUAAUCAAAUCCGUACUGGAUCCAUCUAGUAGAUCCAUAGAUUCAUCCAUAGAUCUACUGUAAUAGUGAAGGACUAAAACUUGAGAUUGUCUACACAUUACUCAUGUCUUAUGUUUAGGUCAAAGAGUGUACAUUGAUGUAGUUUAUGUAGUUUGUUGGUUACCAGUUGCAAGAAAUAAAUGUUCAUUAAAGACAAUUACACAUACUCUGGA